AUGACUGUUCAUCUCGUUUAUUUCCCCGUGAGAGGCAGAGCUCAGUCAUUGAAAUACUUGUGCAAGGAUAAUGAUAUCCAGUUGGAAGAGAAAGUUGUUCAAUUUGGUGAAUGGGCUGAUCUGAAACCAAAGACGCCCCUUGGUCAAUUACCCUAUGCCACAAUUGAUGGAAUUGACCUUGCACAGUCCAAUGCAAUUCUCAGAUAUUUGGCCAGGAAGCAUGGUCUUUAUGGUAAAGAUCAGAAUGAAGCAGCCAAGAUAGAUAUGUUGAAUGAUCAACAGGAGGACCUUAGAUUGUCUUACUUGCAAAUGAUUUAUAAAGAUUAUGAGCAAGGAAGAGAACCAUUUUUGCAGAAGCUCCCUGAUGGAUUGAAAAUUUUUGAGAAAUAUCUUUCUCUGAAUCAUGAUGGCAAGGGUUACUUUGUCGGUGAAAAGGCUAGCUUUUUGGACUACAACGUGUUUGAUCUUCUGGAUAACUUGUUGGUCCUGUCUCCAACAUGCCUUGAUUCAUUCCCGCUGCUCAAGGCCUUCCAUAAACGCUUUGCUGACAAACCAAAGUUGCACGCAUAUAGGGAAACUGAAGAGUUCAAGAAGAUGCCUAUUAAUGGCAAUGGGAAACAGUAA